CUGAAUCCGAUAGGAAGUACAAAAUCCAAAAAGAAAAGGAAAAGGAAAAGGAAAAGGAAACCGAACCGGUUCGGAUCCCAAAUCGCCUUUUCCCGCUCGGGAACGUGCUCGGUCCGCCCGCCAGAUCUAUCAAGCUCGGGCCUUAGCCUCGUCGCCGACAAACCGGGGAAUCGCACGAUCGAGUCGGACGCCGUCGAUUCCGCCUUCUUCAAUCUGCAUUCGCGCGAGUUCAGCUGGACAGGAGCUCCGCACUCCGCGGCCAAUCCCAAGGGGGCCGAGGCCCGUUGCCGAAUUCCGAUGCCCGACGCGGCGGCGCAGGUCAGGGACGAUAUGGCCGCGAGCGGGGACGGCGACGAGCGAGCUCGCUAGCUGUUUAGCCGAAGGGAGGAGUUCGCGCGAUUGCCGGAACCGCGAGGGGGAAGGGAUAGGGAAAGAGAUAGUUCGGCGUCGCGAUACGGGGAGGGGUUUUGGCGAAGAUGGGGCUGGAUAAGCGCGGCGACGAGAUGUUCGUCGUCGAGAGGAGGGGUUGGAUCGGCGCGUUCCUGCGUUCGUUGAGGCGGGGCCGGGAUCGGCUCCGGGCCGCUCGCCGGGGGCGGAGGAGUUAUAAGCUGAGAUUCUCGCGCUUGGCGUCUCUGCUGGCCGCUAUUUUCCUGUUUUGCCUCGUGGCUUUCGGCCUGAACAUGUUCCUGCACGGAAAGAUGGAAGGCAGAACUCCAUCUGCCUAUAGAGUAAAAGUAGCAGACACAGUAAAAGGAGCAGACACGGUGAAAGAAGCAGACACAGUGAAAGAAGCAGACACAGGGUCUGAUGUUGGGAAAAAACCAACAAGCAAGCAUCGCAAGCGGCAUCUUCCUUGUGAAGUAACUUUAUCAGAGUCAGUCAACAAUCUAGUUGAACCCAGCAGUUUCAUGAAUUUCACGCAGUUUUCACUGGAUUACAUUGAAAAGGAGGAAAAUAGUUUUUCCUUCCCUAGAUUUGGUGGACAUCAGACCCUUGGUGAAAGAGAGAACUCCUUUCAUGCAAUAAGCCAAAAACUUCAUUGUGGUUUUGUCAAGGGGCCAGCGAGCACUGGAUUCGAUUUGGAUGAAAAGGACAGGAUAUAUAUGGAUACAUGUAAAGUUGUGGUGUCUUCUUGCAUUUUCGGAAGUUCUGAUUUUCUGAGGCGGCCAACAACCAAGCGGAUGACUGAGUAUUCCAAGAAAAAUGUCUGCUUUGUUAUGUUUGUGGAUGAGGAGACACUAUCAACUCUGUCAUCAGAAGGGAAUACUCCUGAUGAUACAGGUCAUAUUGGGCUAUGGAAAAUAGUUGUCGUCAAGAACUUACCAUACAAAGACAUGCGUCGAACUGGAAAAGUGCCCAAACUCCUAUCUCAUCGGCUCUUCCCUUCUUCCAGGUAUUCAAUAUGGCUUGACAGCAAAAUGCGUCUGAAUACUGAUCCAAUGCUUAUCAUCGAGUACUUCUUGUGGCGAACAAAGUCAGAGUAUGCCAUUUCAAACCACUAUGAUCGUCACUGUGUCUGGGAGGAAGUUCUCCAAAACAAACGUCUAAACAAGUACAAUCACACAGCCAUUGAUGAGCAGUUUCUGUUUUACCAAUCUGAUGGCCUCACCAAGUUUGAUCCCACUGAUCCAAAUACUCCUCUUCCUAGUUAUGUGCCUGAAGGCUCCUUCAUUGUGCGGGCCCAUACACCAAUGUCAAACUUAUUUUCAUGUCUUUGGUUCAAUGAGGUCGAUCGAUUCACAUCACGUGAUCAACUAAGCUUUGCAUACACUUACCUCAAAUUGAGGAGAUUAAAUCCUGACAGGCAGUUCUAUUUACAUAUGUUCAAGGAUUGUGAGCGCAGAGCGCUAGUAAAGCUAUUCCAUCACAGGGAGCUUCCUCUUCCAGUAUCACCUUGAGUUUCACUGGUGUUUUUACCUGGAAAGGUUCCACCAAAUGUUUCCUGGCUCAUCGCUCUAUUUUCAAUUUGUGGUUGGAUGAAGAUACACUCAUCAUUCUAGAGUGAAUCAUCAAUUGGGAAUUGAUCUCAAAGUCAAUAUGUUGGUUCACCAAGGGAUCUCAAUAUCUUGUGUGGUGGUGAUGCUUGAACAGUUUCUGCAGGAAUUGUUGGAUCCAUGUAGUCAGAUCUACAUGAAGUGCUCUCGGUUGAUUUUGAGACAGGAAGUAAAUAAUUGGACCUCAUUCGCUUGCUCAGUUCAAAUGUAUUGAUUGCCGGAUGUAAGCCGUUGAGAGUGAGCAAGGCUAGGUGACUCGAGAAUGAAUCUCCUGUUCAAUGAGGGUUUAGUAUGAAUCGUCGUAAGACUCAGUUUGCUGAUCAGACGAAAUGUUUGCCCUUUGAAGCGAACAGGUGACUUUUUACUUUUUCUUCUAUUUCCUGGAGAGGGAAAAGCUCAUUUUAAUUCAGCUUCUUGUCUCUCACUUAUUCAGCUUCUUGUCUCGAUAAUGUUCUUGGAAGCAACAGUGAAAAGGCCAAUUUACGGCAAUAAGGUUGCCUUUCUAUUGUCAAUUUUGUCAUUCUUUUUUUGUGUUAAGGCAGAGAGACAAGGUUUGUGCUUAUAUUCUACGUGAAGUGAACUUCAGCUGGCAUAUGUUUUGAUC